AUGUCUCAUUCGAAAACCCCGGGGUCCCCUCCAGUACCACACCAUACCAGCGCCGGCACGCCAUACAAAAUCGACGAAAACACACCUGACAUAUUCCGACCGUUGAGCAUUCGGUCGGUCACCCUCAGAAAUCGGAUAUGCGUUUCCCCGAUGUGUCUUUACUCUAUUGCCUCCGCCGGUCCCCUUAAAGGUGUGAUGACGCCUCUGUAUAUUACCACGAUCGGUCACAAUGUUUUCAAGGGCGCUGCGCUGGCCAUGAUUGAGGCUACCGGUGUUCAGGCUAAUGGCCGCAUCACACCCCACUGCCCAGGUCUUUGGAAUGAUGCUCAGGAGCAGGGUCUGAAGCCAAUUGUGGACUUCAUUCACUCCCAGGGCGGUCUUUGCGGUGUGCAAUUAUCGCAUGCCGGACGGAAGUCGAGUACCCAGCCUCCGUUGGUUGCGCAGCAGGUGGGUAAGUCGAGUGCGAGGGCUAACGAGGAGGAUAAUGGAUGGCCUGAUGAUGUUUUGGGUCCUUCUGGAGGUGCCGAGAACUCAUUCGAUGGUAAAGGCCUUGAUCCAUGCGGUGGCUACCAUAUACCCAAGGCGAUGACAGAGGCCGAGAUCAAGGAUUUAGUGUCGAAUUACGCGAAAUCUGCUCAGCGGGCUGCGAGAGCCGGUAUAGAUGUCGUUGAGAUUCACGCUGCCCACGGCUAUCUCAUCAACCAGUUCCUCAGUCCUGUUACCAACCGCCGGACCGAUAGGUAUGGUGGAAGCUUUGAGAACAGAAUUCGCAUCUUGAUCGAGGUCAUCCUUGCUGUUCGAGCGGUGAUCCCGGAGAGCAUGCCUAUGUUUGUUCGAGUGGGCGUGACAGAUUGGUUGGAAAAUACGGAGCUUGGAAAGAAAUAUGGAACCUGGACCGAAGAGUCGACUCUUAAGCUGUCGAGGUUGUUGCCGGAUCUAGGUGUCGAUCUCAUCGAUGUCAGCUCAGGAGGAAACCAUUAUCAAGCUCAGCUCAACGUCUUUGAUGGUGGAGACAAGCACACUGAAAUGGCUUUGAAGGUCAAGCAGGUUCUGCAAGCCGCAGGUAGCAAGUUGUUGGUCGGAACGGUUGGCUUGAUUACUGAGGCCAAGCAAGCUCGUGAUCUGGUGCAGGGUGGCCUCAUGAGAGGUCCUGGAGUUGAUAUCAUCUCUGUUGGCCGACAGUUCCUUCGAGAGCCAGACUGGGUGUUGAACGUUGCUGAGAAGCUUGGAGUCGACGUCGCCUGGCCGGUUCAACUCCAGCGUCUUCGACCUGGCCCAAUGUCCAAAAUUUAA